AUGAAUUCAAGUGGCGGUGAGGAGGAGGAGAAGAAGAAGUUGGGGGAUGGAGUUGUGGGAAUCCUAGCAGAAACAGUGAACAAAUGGGAGAGACGAACGCCAUUGACGCCGUCGCAUUGCGCCCGACUUUUACACGGCGGCAAAGACAGAACCGGAGUUUCCCGCAUUGUGGUUCAGCCAUCUGCAAAGCGCAUCCAUCACGAUGCAUUGUACGAAGAUGUCGGAUGUGAAAUCUCUGACGAUUUGUCUGAUUGUGGGCUUAUUCUCGGAAUCAAACAACCCGAGCUAGAAAUGAUUCUUCCGGAGAGAGCAUAUGCUUUCUUCUCCCACACUCACAAGGCACAGAAAGAAAACAUGCCUUUGCUGGAUAAAAUUUUGGCUGAGAGAGUGACUUUGUAUGAUUAUGAGCUCAUCGUUGGGGACCAUGGGAGAAGAUUAUUGGCAUUUGGUAAAUAUGCAGGAAGAGCUGGUCUUGUUGACUUCUUACACGGACUGGGACAGAGAUAUCUAAGUCUAGGAUACUCAACGCCAUUCCUCUCGCUAGGGUCAUCGUAUAUGUAUUCCUCAUUGGCUGCUGCAAAAGCCGCUGUGAUCUCUGUAGGUGAAGAAAUUGCAAGCCAGGGGCUGCCAUUAGGAAUCUGCCCUCUUGUUUUUGUUUUCACCGGAACAGGAAACGUUUCUCUCGGGGCGCAAGAGAUCUUCAAGCUUCUUCCUCACACUUUUGUUCAACCAAGCACGCUUCCUGAACUAUUUGCUAAAGAGAAAGGAAAUAUCCAAAAUGGAAAAUCAACAAAGCGAGUCCAUCAUGUAUAUGGUUGUAUCGUCACCAGCCAAGACAUGGUUCAACACCAAGACCCAUCAAAGUCUUUCGACAAAGCGGACUAUUAUGUACACCCGGAACACUACAAUCCAGUUUUCCACGAAAGGAUCGCCCCAUAUACGUCUGUUCUUGUGAACUGUAUGUACUGGGAGAAGAGGUUUCCACGUCUUCUGAGCAUCAAGCAGCUUCAAGAUUUAACAACAAAAGGAAGCCCACUAGUAGGAAUAUGUGAUAUAACUUGUGAUAUCGGUGGCUCCAUCGAGUUUGUUAACCGAGCUACUUUAAUCGACUCCCCUUUCUUUAGGUUUAAUCCCACGAACUCUUCAUACCACGAUGACAUGGACGAGUUUGUGGGUAGUCUAGCUUCGAUGACUGAAAUUGCAGAGCUACCAGCACAUCUGAAGAGGGCUUGCAUAAGCUAUAGAGGAGAGUUGACAUCUUUGUAUGAGUAUAUUCCACGUAUGAGGAAGUCUGAUCCUGAAGAGGCACGAGCUAACAUCGCCAACGGGGCUUCCGACCAGAGAACAUACAACAUAUUGGUAUCUCUAAGUGGACACCUGUUUGAUAAGUUUCUGAUAAACGAAGCUCUCGAUAUGAUCGAAUCGGCCGGUGGCUCAUUUCAUUUGGCUAGAUGUGAACUGGGGCAGAGCGCCGAUGCUGAGUCAUACUCAGAACUUGAAGUUGGUGCGGAUGAUAGGAAAGUAUUGGAUCAAAUCAUUGAUUCAUUAACUGGAUUAGCUAAUCCAGAUGGAGAUUAUAUAACCCCACGUAAAGAAACAAAUAAGAUUUCACUCAAGAUUGGCAAAGUCCUGCAAGAAAAUCAGGCAAAAGAGAAGAAGCCUGAAGAAAUGACGAAGAAAUCAGCGGUUUUGAUUCUUGGCGCUGGACGUGUGUGUCGCCCUGCUGCCGAGUUCCUAGCUUCAGUCAGAAACAUAUCGUCACAGCAAUGGUACAAAACGUAUUUGGGAGGAGACCCAGAUGAACAAACAGAUGUUCAUGUGAUUGUCGCAUCUCUGUAUCUUAAGGAUGCCAAAGAGACGGUUGAAGGUAUUUCAGACGUAGAAGCAGUUCAGCUAGAUGUGUCAGAUAGUGAAAGCCUUCUUAAGUAUGUUUCUGAGGUUGAUGUUGUUCUAAGUUUAUUACCUGCAAGUUGUCAUGCUGUUGUAGCAAAGACAUGCAUUGAGCUGAAGAAGCAUCUCAUCACUGCUAGCUAUGUUGAUGAUGAAACGUCCAAGUUACAUGAGAAGGCUAAGAGUGCUGGGAUUACUAUUCUUGGCGAAAUGGGACUGGACCCUGGAAUCGAUCACAUGAUGGCGAUGAAAAUGAUCAAUGAGGCUCAUAUCAGAAAGGGGAAAGUGAAGUCUUUCACAUCUUACUGUGGUGGGCUUCCCUCUCCCGCUGCAGCAAAUAAUCCGUUAGCAUAUAAAUUUAGCUGGAAUCCUGCUGGAGCAAUUCGAGCUGGACGUAAUCCCGCUAAAUACAAAAGCUACGGCGACAUAAUACAUGUUGAUGGAGAUAAUCUGUAUGAUUCAGCUACAAGAUUCCGAGUACCUAAUCUUCCAGCUUUUGCAUUGGAGUGUCUUCCAAACCGGAACUCCUUGGUUUACGGAGAUCUUUAUGGCAUCGAGAGCGAAGCAUCAACGAUAUUUCGGUUUAGUAUGAUAAUGGCAACACUUUCGAAACUCGGAUUCUUUGACUACGAAGCAAAUCAAGUACUCUCCACUGGAAACAGGAUUACGUUUGGUCUUCUUCUAAGUGACAUUCUGAAAAAGGAUGCAGACAAUGAAUCUGCCGAGCCUCUAGCCGGAGAAGAAGAGAUCAGCAAGAGAAUUAUCAAGCUUGGACAUUCCGAGGAUACUGCAGCCAAAGCUUCCAAAACAAUUGUAUUCUUGGGGUUCAACGAAGAGAGGGAGAUUCCGUCAUUGUGUAAAAGCACAUUCGAUGCAACUUGUUACCUUAUGGAAGAGAAACUAGCCUAUUCCGGAAAUGAGCAGGACAUGGUUCUUCUACAUCACGAGGUGGAAGUGGAGUUCCCUGAAAGCAAACGUACAGAGAAGCACAGUGCGACUCUCUUGGAAUUCGGGGAAAUCAAGAACGGGCAAACAACGACUGCUAUGGCCAAGACCGUUGGGAUCCCUGCAGCCAUUGGAGCUCUGCUGCUAAUUGAAGACAAGAUCAAGACAAGAGGAGUCUUAAGGCCACUCGAACCAGAGGUCUAUUUGCCAGCUUUGGAUAUAUUGCAAGCGUAUGGUAUAAAGCUGAUGGAGAAGACAGAAUGA